AUCGCAUUCGCAUCAGAGCUCCCAGCGGCCCUUCUUCUUUCUCCAGCAAGCAGCAGCAGCAGCAGCAGGCCCGGCCGCCCAGUUGGCAAUUGCAUUGCCGUGAUGGUGAUCUGAUUUCUGUAGCCACGGCGACGGUGACGCCGUGUGUGACGGUGGAGAGCAAGGAGCUGGAGCUGGGUGACUGACGAGCAAGGCCCACCCACCGUAGGUGAACGGCAAAACCCAAUAGGCAAUGCCUGUAGCUGCAGGCGCGGCUCCAGCUCCACACACGAGGACCAACGCAGCCCUCGGCCCCCCGCUUUCCUACUGGGGCGGCGCCGCUGUUGGCGCAGAGGAGCAGAGGUGGCGUAUCGGCAUGGACUCCGCCGCCGCCGCUCUCCUCGACUCCUCCGCCUCCGCCUCUUCCUCCGCCGCCGCCAACGGCAACGCCAAGGAGAUGCCCGCCCGACUCCUCGCCCACCGCACCGCCCACAACAUGUCCUCCUCCUCGCUCCGCAAGAAGUCCGACCUCGCGCUCCUCCGCAAGGUCCCCUGCGCCACGCUCCGCCGCCUCCUCGACAACUUCCAGGAGGUCCUGCUCGCCACCAAGCUCGCCCUCCUCUUCCCCGCCGUCCUCCUCGCGCUCGCCGCGCGAAUCUUCCAAUUCGGCCAGGAAUGGGUCUUUGUGCUUAGCUUGAUCGGUCUCGUUCCUCUUGCUGAGCGACUUAGCUUUCUGACUGAGCAGGUUGCGUUUUACACAGGGCCUACUGUGGGUGGACUGUUGAAUGCAACAUUUGGAAAUGUAACAGAGGUCAUCAUUGCAAUCUUUGCGCUGUAUGAAGGCAAGGUAGUGGUGGUGAAAUGCUCCCUACUCGGCUCAGUCUUGUCCAACUUGUUGCUUGUGCUUGGAACCUCCCUUUUCCUUGGUGGCCUGGCUAACCUUGGAACUGAGCAGCUAUACGACAGAAUGCAAGUAGAUGUCAGCACAGGACUUCUGAUUCUUGGUGUGCUAUGCCACUCUCUGCCACUGAUGCUGAGGUAUGCUGUGAGCUCCGGGGAGCACGCGGUAUCUUCUUGGGAUUCAGAACUGGAGCUAUCCCGAGCAUGCAGCAUUGUCAUGCUCCUUGCCUAUGUAGCCUACCUUUUCUUCCAACUGAAAACCCACCGCCAACUCUUUGAGCCCCAAGAGGUCGAAGAUGAUGGUGAUGAUUCAGUCUCUCAAGACGAGGUGGUACUGGGAUUUUCCAGUGCCAUGAUUUGGCUGGGGGUCAUGACUCUGAUGACAGCAGUCCUAUCAGAGUUUGUUGUGAGUACAAUUGAGGCAGCAUCAAAAUCAUGGGAACUAUCUGUCAGCUUCAUUAGCAUCAUCUUAAUUCCAAUAGUUGGUAAUGCAGCAGAGCAUGCCGGUGCAGUCAUAUUUGCUUUUAAAAACAAGCUGGACAUCACCCUCGGAGUAUCUUUGGGUUCUGCUACACAGAUUUCCAUGUUUGUGGUGCCAUUGAGUGUCCUUGUAGCAUGGAUCAUGGGAGUCCCGAUGGAUCUUGAUUUCAACUUGCUUGAGACUGGUUCUUUGUUUCUUGCAGUAUUAGUAACGGCCUUCACGCUCCAGGAUGGAUCAUCGCAUUAUCUGAAGGGACUGCUGCUGCUGUUUUGUUACAUUGUCAUUGCUGUAUGCUUUUUUGUUUUGAGACAGCGUGGAAAUGGAAGCAACAAUGAUGUCCAUCAUCAGCUGGGUGUAGCAAGCAAGCCAUGGAGGAUUUAGAGUGCCAGAGCUGACAGUAGUUUCUCAAUGAAUAGCAUGGACUUUGGUUUGCACAAUUUUGCAUGGAGCACUGGAGGAGCCCUGUGAAGUUCUGACUAAAGUAUGUAGACUGCGGGAAGAUGCUGUGCAUCUAAUGGUGAAAGCAGAAAGCAAUCAAGCGAGACAAUAUGUAAGUACAUACAAAGACUAUAGCUGUAAACUGAUGCGUAUGUCGUAUUAUAUAGAUGUUGCUUGAGAAAGUGUACAUUACUGUUGUUUUGUUCUUCCAACCGAGGUGGUGUUAUGUGGAUUUGUUAGCACUUGAGCAGAGAUAAUAGGCAAAGCAAUGCAACUAGAAUUCGGUUGAGCUGUUGAAAUCGUCUCCUGUAAAUCAGUGACAUAUAUAUCUUACUAUUUCCAACUGGGCUUUUAAAGGAGCCUUUAUGUUAA